UUUUAACAUUGCCCACCACUACUCAGACACGAUAAAUUUGUUUUCAGCUGACCAGAAUAAAAUAAGAUAGAUAUCUGUUUAAAGAGAUUGGAGAUUAAAAGAGGAAAAAGCAAUGAAAACAAUGACAAAUUGAUAUAUUUUUAUUUUUAGUCGCGUGACGUCUUCUGACGCUGAACUCUAACAGCUGAUAUGUCACGUAACAAAAUAAUGUCAGGUAAGGUUAGACACGAAGUUGGGUCUUGAGUCUUCUACUUCUUGGUUGGGUCACGUCAAGUGCACAGUGGAAAAUAAUACGUAAAGUAACCGAAGAAAUGUCAGGACGUAGAAAGAAGGAUAAGAGUAAAUUAUUACAAAGAAGACCCCGACAUGUUCUCGGCAAGGAGCAGAUGUACCAUCAAAAGAGGGACAGGGAAUCGGAAGGAUCGGACAAGGAAAAUGAAGAAACAGAACCGAUAGACGAAUGGCCGUUACCCUUUCACGUGGCUAUGUGGGAUUUGAAAGACUGCGAUCCUAGAAAAUGUACUGGCAAGAAGUUGGUGAAACGUAACUUGAUGAAAAUAUUGCAAUUAGGUACUCUGUUUCCUGGCUUGUGUCUUACUCCACAUGCUAAAGAGUAUGUAACACCGAUGGAUCGUGAGAUAGUGCAAAAGUAUGGUUGUGCAGUGGUGGAUUGUAGUUGGUCGCGUAAAGGCAAUAUUCCCUUUCAUAAAAUGAAAAUGUCUCAUUCUCGUAUAUUGCCGUUUCUGGUUGCUACCAAUCCAACAUGCUAUGGACAGCCUUGUCAAUUGAGUUGCGUUGAAGCUAUAGCAGCUACUUUAAUUAUAACCGGAUUCCGAGAUGAGGCUAAGCUCUAUCUUGAAGAAUUUCGAUGGGGACACUCAUUCUUAGAAGUGAAUAGCGAACUAUUGGAAAAGUAUGCUCAUUGCACAAACAAGAAAGAAAUGAUAGCAGUGCAAGAGAAGUUUAUAGAGGAUGCCAUACAGGAGAAAAUAAAUAGAUGUGCACUUUCUGACUUACCACAAAGUGAAUCUGAAGAAGAAGAAGAAACAGCAGCAGAAGAAGAGGAAAACAAAGAUCAGAAAAUAAUAUCUGAAAUAACUAAAGAACUUGCCAGUACAAGAGUAUAAAGUACAAUAUUAAUUAUAUUUAACAAAUAUUACAAACAAUUGUAUACUUUGUAUAUUUGGUUGAAAUAAUUAUUAUUGAUUAUAUAUUACAUAGAAAGGAA